AUUUAAGUAUCCGGGGCGAUGUCUGUCUCCUUUCGUCUCUCGGAUUUCUCGCUCAUUCCUCGCUUCUCCGGCGACCUCUCCUUCUCUCUGCUCCCGAUCGCAGGAUCCCGAUCGGACGGCCGACGAUGGCCGACGACGAGUUCGCGAAGGCCGUCGAGGACGGGCUGAAGCUGGCGAAGCGGAUAUACGCCGGGAAGGAUCGGCACUUUGGGCCGCCGCGGCCUGUCGGCGGGAUGGAGCGGUCGUUGGCGUCCCUCCUCCCGGCGGCGCCGAUGGUGUACGCCGUCGUCGACGACCCCGGGAUCGUCGACAACCCUGACAUUCCGAGCUACCAGCCCCACGUGUACGGCCACUGCGACCCGCCGGCGCUGAUCCCCCUCCAGAUGAACGAGAUCGCCGUGGAAGCCGACUGCUUCUUGGACACGGCCUUCGUCGCCAUCCGCGGUCGGUGGCGCGUACACUGCAUCAUGCGGAACCGGAGCUGCGACUGCCGCCUCCUCGUCCCUAUGGGCGAGCAGGGUUCAAUUCUAGGUGUCGAGGUUGAAGUAGGUAAGAAUUCAUACUCCACUCGGGUGAUGGAUGAAGAAGAAAAUCAGAAGAUGGAGAAGCCUGAGAGAAAUGAAGGAGGGGGCUUUCUGAAACCCGAGCUGUUUUCCUUGACAAUCCCCGAGGUUAGCGGAGGAUCUGACAUUUCUCUUACAAUCAGAUGGUCUCAGAAGUUAUUCUAUGAAGAUGGGCAGUUCUCUAUCACCGUCCCUCUUAAUUUUCCAGAAUAUGUCACUCCAUUUGCAAAAAUAUUUGCAAAAAAGGAAAAAAUUCAACUGAAUGUGAAUAGUGGUUUUGGAAAGGAAGUUUUGUUGCAGACUACGAGCCAUGCUUUGAAGGAAAGAAGUCGGCAAGCUGGAAUAUUGACUUUCUUAUAUGAAGCAGUUGUUGAGCAUUGGUCAUAUAAAGAUUUUCAUUUUUCAUAUAGUGUUUAUUCAAAUGAUUUGUUUGGUGGCAUACUCUUACAAUCUCCAACGAUGUAUGACUAUGAUCAGAGAGAGAUGUUCUGCCUCUAUCUUUUUCCAGGAAAUAACCAGAACAGAAAGGUCUUCAGAAGAGAAGUGGUUUUUAUUGUUGAUAUAAGUGGAAGCAUGGAAGGGAAGCCUCUAGAGAACGUUAAGAAUGCACUAUCUACAGCCCUCCUAGAGCUCAAUCCAGUUGAUAAAUUUAAUAUAAUAGCUUUCAAUGAUGAGUUACAUUCAUUCUCGUCAUGCAUGGAACUGGUGACCGACGUCAAGGUAGAAAAUGCUCAUGAGUGGAUAUGCAAAACUUUUGUUGCGGGGGGUGGGACAAACAUCAUGCACCCCUUAAAUAAGGCAAUAGAUUUGCUAUUCGAUGCUCGAGAUUCAGUCCCACAUAUUUUUCUCAUAACUGAUGGGUCUGUUGAAGAUGAACGUGACAUUUGUUCUACCAUGAGAACCCGUGUGGCAAAUAGAGGAUCCAUGUCCCCACGAAUUUCCACUUUUGGUGUUGGUUCUUAUUGCAAUCAUUAUUUCUUGCGGAUGUUGGCAUCAAUCAGCAAGGGGCAGUAUGAUGCUGCAUAUGAUCCAGAUCUGAUCGAAUCCCGAAUGCAGAGAUGGUUUAGGAGGGCUUCAUCCCCGAUAGUUACGAAUAUCAUUGUUGACAUCUUUAAUCAUCUUGAUGAAGUUGAGGUGUAUCCUACUCAUAUUCCUGAUCUUUCAGUGGGAUGCCCAUUGAUUGUAUCAGGCAGAUACCAAGGCAAGAUUCCAGAUUCUCUUAAAGCUAAAGGUAUCUUGGCUGACAUGAGUGAAGUUGUUAUUGACUUGGAGGUGAAAAAUACAAAGGAUAUCCCUCUUGAAAAAGUUUUUGCAAAGCAACACAUUGAUCUUCUUACAGCUGAGGCAUGGUUUUCUGAAAGCAAACAGCUCGAGGAAAAGAUUAUUAAAUUAAGCAUGCGAAGUAGCGUACCAUCGGAGUAUACAUAUAUGAUCUUACUCCAGACUGACACAGAAAAGCAGGAUGCUGUAAAACAGGCAAAGAAACAUGGCUCCCAAAAGCAUGCAGGCCCUAAAAACCGCUUAUCGAUUCUGGUCCAUGGCCUGACCAUCGGAUUUGGAAAUAUAGUUGCAACCUCGGAAAAUCUCCCCACCGGGUUUGGAGAGCCAAAGCUUCCCGAGACCAACGAUGUCCUUGAGAAAGCUGUCAGAUGCUGUGACAACUACUGUUGCUGCAUGUACAUCAUCAAAGCAUGCUCUAAGAUGAAUGAUAAGCUUGCGGUCGUAAUGGCUCAGGGCUGUGCAGCUUUGUCAUGCCUUGGCUGCUAUGAGUGCUGCUGCGCGGCAUGCUGCGAAAGCUCCUAGUUAUCAUGUGUGUUAGUUGUCCUGUGUAUAGUUUAUAACUUUAUACCAUCAUUAUAUGUAUUUCUUUAGUGUUUGGUUUCCCUCAUCACGUGUAAACAACGUUCGCAAAGAGAUGAGCGUGCAAUGUUUUUUGUAAUAUACUGCUCCUGCAAGUGAUCUUUUCUGAACAAUGCUUUAAGCCAAUCUUGGUGUAACAAUCACAUAUAUCAUAAUCUAUCCAUUUCGGCUUCGACCUGAUGGGCUU